AUGCAUUCCACCACCACUUCACCGCCGCAACCGGCGGAAAUAUGUGACAAGAUAAUCCAGCUUCUGAGUCAGCUACUCCCGUCGACUCUCUCCGUAAUCUCCUUCACCUCCAGAUGGCAAAUCCUCCGGAGAAAACUUGCCUCCUUAAAAUCCCUCCUCUCUGAAAUCUCGUACUUCCCGCACUGGUCCGACAACCCUUUAAUCCAUUCUCUCCUCCCCAAUCUUCUCUCCACUGUUUAUCGUACGCAGACCCUUUGCCAUCAAUGUUGCGAUCCUUCGUUCAAUCCCGGAAAGCUCCUUAUGCAAUCCGACCUCGACAUGACCACUGAUUGGUUGUCCAAGCAAAUUAACGACCUCGACUUUCUACUACGUUCUGGGGUUCUCCAUCAAUCCACUGCUAUUGUUCUUCCCCAUCCUACUGCAAACUCCUCAAAGGACGACCUCUCUUUUUUCGUUAAAAAUCUUUUCAUCAGGCUCCAGAUCGGGAGCCUUGACUUCAAGCGGGAUGCAUUGGAUUCAUUGGUUCAGCUUCUUUCGGAUGACGAAAAGUCUGCAAGUGUUGUUGCGAAAGAAGGGAAUAUGAGGUUCUUGAUUCAGUUGCUGGAUUCUAAUUCUCAAGACUCUUUAAGAGAACUUGCUGUGCUUGCUGUGUCGAUGCUUGUUUCGAUGAGUGAUUUUUCGAGGAAAUGUGUGUUUGAGGAGGGGGCUUUGGGGCCAUUGUUGAGGAUCAUCGAGUGUAGCACUAUGCCUGCGAAGGAAAAAGCUGCAAUGGCGGUCGAAUUUAUCACUGCGGAUACUGAUAAUGCUUGGGCAAUUUCGGCCUAUGGGGGUGUGUCGAUUCUAUUAGAAUUGUGUAAAUCUGGAUCAGGGAUUGCUCAAUCACACUCAAUUGGUGCUAUUAAGAAUGUUUCUACUGUUGAAGAAAUUCGAAUUGCAUUAGCAGAAGAGGGAGCCAUUCCUGUUUUGGUACAGUUACUUGUCUUCGGAACCCCCUCCGCACAAGAAAAGGCCGCGAAUUGUAUUGCUAUAAUUGCUUUAUCGGGUAAGAAUUUUCGCGAUUUGUUGGUAAAAGAAAAGGCUUUGCAAAGCUUGCUACAAUUGCUUCAUGAAUCCUCAAAUUCAGAUACAUUAGAACAUGUUUUACGUGCUGUUUAUUCCUUAUCUGAAUCAGAUGUAAGCGACCAAAUUUUAUUAGGAUCGACCUCGUUUAUUGUAGAAAUCUCGGAGCUUAUAAAACAUGGUAACAUAAUGUUGCAACACAUUUCUGCUUCAUUGCUUUCUAAAUUGUCGAUAAGUGAUGAUAAUAAGAGAGCUAUAGGCGGGUGUAUGGGGUCUUUAGUGAAGUUGAUGGAGUCUGCAAAGCCCAAUGGGCUACAGGAAGUGGCAACAAAUGCUUUGGUGUCGUUGUUAUCAGUGAAAUUGAAUAGGAAAGAAUUAGUAAGGGAUGAGAAAUGUGUGAUGAGACUGAUGCUAAUGCUGGAUCCCAAGAAUGAGCUUGCUUCAAAGAAGUUUCCAGUGACAGUGGUGGCGGCGAUUAUGUCCGGAGGGAGUCAGAGUUGCCGGAAGACUCUCAUGGCUGCUGGAGCCUAUGGGCAUUUGCGGAUAUUGGCAGAAAUGGAGGUGGCCGGAGCUAAGAAGGCCUUACAGAGGCUCUCCGGGAAUAGACUGAAAAGUAUAUUAACGAGGACUUGGAGGGAGUAA